AUGGCGCUCAACCUUGAGAAGCAACUCGUCUUUUAUGGCGCCUACCAUCAUAACCCUGCCAGCAACAGCCCUACUCUGAUUUCUUUGCCCGAUUUCCUUCAGAUUCAGAACCUCCCUCCCAAUCUUGGGACGAUCGUCGCUUUUGUCUAUGCGUUUGGUUACCUCCUAUUGGAGCCCGUUGCCGGCGCAAUUCUCGCUCCGUUGCUGAUCGCCGGCACCGCAUUCAUGAACCAUCUUACGAGCACUUACGGGACGACAGCGACGUACUGGGCUGCCGGUCUCCACGUGGUGUCAUGGUUGGCUCAAUUUCUCGGCCAUGGUCGCUUUGAACGCAGAGCGCCGGCGUUGCUGGACAACUUGGUUCAGGCAUUAUUUUUAGCUCCGCUCUUCGUGUGGAUGGAAUUCCUUUUCUUUCUCGGAUACCGUCCGGAGUUGAAAGCCCGCCUGGAUCAGGCAGUGGAGAAGGAAAUCGCUAAAUUCAAGAAAGGUUAA